GAGCACGCUGGCGCUGAGAAGGAUGCUCUCUUUGUGCCGGCUCGGGCUCGUUCAUUAUCCUGCCCUUCAUAAACGUGCCACCUCCUUCCCGUUUUACCCCUCCCGAUCCGUGAAAUUCACACCCCUGCCACUCCACAAAACCUCGAGGAUCGCCGCCGCCGUCACCGUUGCUAUCGUCGCCGCCGGCGCAUCCAUGGAGGCCUCGCCACCGGGUUACCGGAGGAACGUCGGCAUCUGCCUUGUUAAUGCUUCCAGCAAGAUAUUUGCAGCUUCGAGGCUUGAUAUCCCUGGCACCUGGCAAAUGCCGCAGGGCGGUGUAGACGAAGGAGAAGAUCCGAGAAUCGCUGCGGUCAGGGAGCUUAAGGAGGAAACUGGAGUUACUUCAGCUGAACUUCUAGCAGAGGUUCCUUAUUGGCUUACCUAUGAUUUCCCACCGGAAGUUUGCGAGAAACUAAACAAACGCUGGGGAUCAAAUUGGAAAGGUCAAGCACAAAAAUGGUACCUUUUCAGGUUUACAGGUGAGGAAGAAGAGAUUAAUCUUGCAGGUGAUGGAUCUGAAAAGCCAGAGUUCGAAAAAUGGACAUGGAUGACACCAGAAGAGCUUCUAGACCAUGUAGAUUGUUGGUUUCAAGAAGCCGGUCUAUGAGGAAGUUUUGAAGUAUUUUGCUCCUCAUCUUCAAUCUGACCCAGCUCCAAACAUAUAGAUUAACCUUCUGAUAUUAUUUCUUUGCUGGCAAAUAAAAUGAAACUGUCCAAUGCUAUAAGAAUUCAAUCUCAUCAAAUGACUGUUUGGAUUGUUGAAAUUGCUUCCACUGUAAGACUUUAUUGGCUACUUAUAAUUCCAAAAUAUAUGCACGCAGGAGAAGCUUCUGUUUCUGUUUUCAGUGAAAAAUCAGGUAUCAAAUCCUUUUCUUUCAAGUUGUAAGGAACACAAUGGUUGGUUGCUGCUGAUCCGAGGAAUACUUCUGAUUGGACCAGUUGAUGUGGAUAGCCUGCUGAUGACAAUGGAAUCUCCUCUCCUCCCUGAAUUCGGCCUAAGUUGAGAGUGAUUUUGAAAGUUUGAUCUUCUGGGACCAUUUGUAUACAAUUUAUUAACCAAGAAGAAAUCUGAUCGCAAUAUACGGCUUGAAAUAUGAAGCUGAACGUAGAGCAAGUCCAACCAAUCAUCUGUUUUGCACUUGUAUUAUUAGAUGCAUGAGGUGGACUUACUUCUAAUCCAUACAAUUAUGUAAAAAGGAAGGGGCAUGCUGUACCUAUUAUUAUCGGCGCAUUUAAAGAGUAUGGUAUGGAUAAAGUGAUUGGCCUGUGUUCAUUCA